AUUUAUUACUGUGUAAAGCGUUUAUAGAGUCUAAACUAUCAGAUUGAGGAGAAGAAGAAAAUGGAGCAAUUAUCUAAUGGCUCGAUCACUGACAAUAUUUUCCCUUCAGCUCCGGCUCCUCUUAAACAGCCUUUCGUGAUCGGUGUUGCCGGUGGAACCGCCUCCGGGAAGACAACGGUCUGCGACAUGAUCAUGUCUCAGUUACACGAUCAACGUGUCGUCCUUGUGAACCAAGAUUCGUUUUAUCAUUCGCUUAGUGCGGAGAAACUAAAGAAGGUUCACGAAUACAAUUUCGAUCAUCCUGACGCGUUCAACACGGAGGUUUUGCUUUCUUGUAUGGAGAAACUACGGUCUGGCCAACCAGUGAGCAUCCCUAGCUACGAUUUCAAAACCCACCAGAGCAUUGAAUCAGCUAGUCCGGUUAAUCCAGCUGACGUAAUCAUCUUAGAAGGGAUAUUGGUUCUUAAUGAUCCUCAAGUUCGUGACCUCAUGAACAUGAAGAUCUUUGUUGAUACAGAUGCUGAUGUACGUCUCUCGAGGAGGAUACAACGUGAUACCGUUCAGAGAGGAAGAAACAUCCAAAACGUGCUUGAGCAAUACACCAAGUUUGUGAAGCCGAGCUUUGAUGAGUUCAUCCAGCCAUCGAUGAAGUAUGCUGAUAUAAUCAUACCUCGAGGAGGGGACAACGAUGUUGCCAUUGAUCUCAUUGUUCAACAUAUCCGUACAAAGCUGUGCCAACACAAUCUCUGUAAGAUAUACUCAAACAUUUUCAUCAUAUCUUCUACCUUCCAGAUCAAAGGAAUGCAUACUCUUAUCCGCGAUGUCAACACUACAAAGCAUGAUUUCGUCUUCUACGCUGACCGAUUGAUUCGACUGGUUGUGGAACAUGGACUUGGUCAUCUUCCUUUCACAGAGAAACAAAUAACUACUCCAACAGGAUCAGUGUACACUGGAGUAGACUUCUGCAAGAGAUUGUGUGGCGUCUCAGUGAUCAGAAGUGGAGAAAGCAUGGAGAACGCACUAAGAGCUUGCUGCAACGGAAUCAAGAUCGGUAAAAUCUUAAUCCACAGAGAGAAUAACGAUGGUCGUCAGUUGAUAUAUGAGAAGUUACCAAAAGACAUCGCAAGCAGACAUGUCUUCCUCCUUGACCCUGUUCUAGCUUCAGGAAACUCUGCAGUGAAGGCUAUAUCUUUGCUUAUCAGCAAGGGAGUUCCAGAAUCACAUAUCAUCUUUCUCAACCUUAUAGCAGCACCUCAAGGUAUUCACGCGCUGUGCAAGAAACAUCCAAUGGUAAAGAUUGUGACUUCUGAAAUCGAUGCCUCGCUCAAUGAGGACUCGCGUGUGAUUCCAGGCCUUGGAGAAUUCGCAGACCGUUACUUUGGCACUGACAACUCGAAAAACUUUCAAGCUGGUCUGAAAAUCUCAAAGUAAGCUAAAAGGAUGUGCUGUUUUUUUUUUUCAUACUUCUUAAUUAAAAGAAUGUGAUGUUCCCUUCAUAAAUAACCUUCUAAUACAUCCUGAGUUUCUUCCAACCUCAUUUUUUUUUCUGGUUUGCCAACAUUCGUUUAAUUCUCUGUUUCUCUAUCCCGUACACAUUACAUUAUAUAUUCAAUCACAUGUUAUAGUUGCUUAUGGUAUAUACGAUACUUGGUUUAUUUUA